AUGGCUGCAGACGGUGCGCGCCCGCCACCACGGAAACGCGAUGUCAAAGAACACAUCCUAUUCGAAGUGUCUACCGAAGUAGCGAACAGAGGUUGGUGGUUUCGUGAUCCCAUCGUGAGCUCUAACAUCUGGGAAAGAGAGCUAAUCGCUGUUCCCCCCGCACAAGUCGGCGGCAUCUACUCGGUUUUGAAGUCGAAAGCUCCGGUGACCACCGCUGAGUAUGGCGACCGAUAUACGUUGAUCGGGCCGUUAAAUCGAGCUUCGGCUGUAGUCGAAGUUGAGCCACUGGCUCCCACCAACCCACAGCUGCUGGGAGCGAUUGAUGCGAUGAAGGAGAGAGGAAUCGAAAUCGAAUACGGGCGAUGGCUUAUUGAAGGGGCCCCUCGAGUUAUCUUGAUUGAUACAAGUGCUGGCUAUCAGUACCUCGACGAAUGGAAAGGCGACCUCUGGAAUGCUGCCGGUAUUCCGUCUCCUGCUGGAGACAGCGAAACGAACGAAGCUAUUGUGUUUGGAUAUUUGGUUGCCUGGUUCCUCGGAGAGUAUAUCUGUAGAGACACCGAUCGUGCGGUGAUCGCGCACUUCCACGAAUGGCUUGCAGGCGUGGCCCUGCCCUUGACCAAGAAGCGACGCAUGGAUAUGACGACUAUUUUUACUACGCAUGCCACCCUUCUCGGAAGGUACCUUUGUGCUGGGUCUGUUGACUUUUACAACAAUUUGCAGAAUUUCGACGUCGAUGCUGAAGCCGGAAAGCGAGGAAUCUAUCAUCGAUACUGUAUUGAACGCGCAGCCGCACAUUCAGCGGAUGUCUUCACUACCGUCUCGCAUAUAACCGCAUACGAAAGCGAACACCUGCUUAAACGAAAGCCGGACGGCGUCUUGCCAAACGGCCUCAAUGUGAAGAAAUUCUCGGCUGUCCACGAGUUUCAGAACCUGCAUUCUCACUCCAAGGAGAAAAUACAUGAUUUCGUCAGAGGCAAUUUUUACGGCCAUAACGAUUUUGACCUCGAGAACACGCUGUACUUCUUCAUCGCUGGCCGCUAUGAAUACCGAAACAAGGGGUGUGGAUAUAUGACGAGCGGCGUGGUCCUCUACCACGGUCGUUGCAUUAUUAUCAUGCCUGCUCAGACAUCAUCGCUUACUGUUGAAGCGCUCAAAGGCCAAGCCGUUGUUAAAUCGUUGCGAGACACAUUGGAGAUGGUAGAGAAGGGAAUCGGAAAGAGAUUAUUUGAGCGAUGUUUGAGCUGGCAUGAAGGCGAUAACAUGCCAGAUGAGAAAGAUCUCAUCACUGCUCAGGAUCGCGUCCUGAUCCGCCGCCGGCUCUUUGCCAUGAAGCGGCAUAAUCUACCCCCAAUCGUGACUCACAACAUGCUUAACGAUCCAGAAGACCCGAUUCUGAAUCAGCUUCGCCGAGUGCAAUUGUUCAACUAUCCUACUGACCGAGUGAAGGUGGUGUUCCACCCAGAGUUCCUGAACUCUUCGAACCCAGUCCUUCCAUUGGACUAUGACGACUUUGUUCGUGGAACGAAUCUUGGAGUCUUCCCAUCGUAUUACGAACCUUGGGGUUAUACCCCGGCCGAGUGUACCGUGAUGGGGGUUCCUAGCAUCACUACGAACCUAUCAGGUUUCGGAUGUUAUAUGGAGGAGCUGAUUGAGAAUUCCUCCGAUUAUGGGAUUUAUAUUGUCGACCGCCGCUUGAAGGGGGUAGAUGAUUCGGUUAACCAGCUUAGCCAGUACAUGUUUGACUUUGCCUCUAAGAGCAGACGGCAGCGCAUUAACCAGCGAAACCGAACCGAAAGAUUGAGCGAUUUGUUGGACUGGAAGAGGAUGGGGAUGGAGUAUGUGAAAGCGCGACAAUUAGCUCUUAGACGAGCAUAUCCAAUGUCGUUUGACCCAGAAGAAGAUUUCCGUGAUAUCAUUGGAGGAACGGAGCAAAAGAUUUCCCGCCCGCUUUCCAUCCCAGGCUCACCGCGCGACCGAACGGGCAUGAUGACGCCCGGAGAUUUUGCCUCGCUUCAGGAAGGACGAGAAGGCCUCAGCACCGAUGAUUACAUAUCAUGGAAGUUACCGAGUGACGAAGAAGAGCCCGACGAGUACCCUUUCCCGGUCGCUCUUAGGACAAAGGGAAAAGUCGAAGCUCCCCAUUCGCCGGAUCGAGACACGGCUCCUAACGGAAGCUAA